ACAGCCUUGGACAUCAGACAGUCGGUGUUUGGCGGCAAAAACAUCCAUGUAGCUACAGCCCAUGAAGAUCUGGCGUACUCUUCUUACGUUCACCAGUACAGUUCGGGAAAAUUUGAUAAUGCACUAUUCCAUGCAGAACGUGCGAUUGGCAUCAUCACCCACAUUCUCCCAGAAGAUCACCUGCUCCUCGCCUCUUCCAAAAGAGUUAAAGCGCUUAUCCUGGAGGAGAUUGCAAUCGACUGCCACAAUAAGGAAACUGAGCAACGGCUACUCCAGGAAGCUCACGACCUGCACCUCUCCUCUCUCCAGCUAGCCAAGAAAGCAUUUGGGGAAUUCAACGUUCAGACAGCGAAACACUACGGCAACCUUGGCCGACUUUAUCAGUCAAUGAGGAAAUUUAAGGAGGCGGAAGAAAUGCACAUCAAAGCAAUUCAGAUCAAGGAGCAGCUGCUUGGUCAGGAAGAUUACGAAGUCGCUCUUUCGGUGGGACACCUCGCCUCGCUCUACAACUAUGACAUGAAUCAGUACGAAAACGCUGAAAAGCUUUAUUUGAGAUCCAUCGCAAUUGGAAAAAAGCUGUUUGGGGAAGGUUACAGUGGACUAGAGUAUGACUACAGGGGCCUCAUUAAACUGUACAACUCCAUUGGCAACUACGAGAAAGUAUUUGAAUACCACAAUAUCUUAGCCAACUGGAACAGAUUGCGGGAUCGGCAGUUUUCAGUCACAGAUGCCCUGGAGGAUGUCAGCACCAGCCCUCAGUCAACUGAGCAAGUGGUCCAGACUUUCCUGAUGUCUCAGACCGUCGAAGGACCCGUUUGCUAAGGAACUUGGUCAAUUUUACCAAUUCUUGUUUCCUUCUUGGUUUUCCUCUAAAUUUACACGGGAAAAGUCAUACUGUGAAAUUCGAAACCAUAUGUAUUUUUUUUUCUUUUUCCAACCCUCCUUUCCCGGAGCUGUUUUAAAAAAACCCAAUAAUAAUAAUAAUAAUUCGCAUUGAAACACUGGUCCAGUCCAUUAAAAAAAAUCCCAUUUUGGGGAUGACGUCAACUUUUGAUGGAGUGACCAUAAGCCGGACGUGUGCUAAAUGCACGAGCAUAAGCACAGCAUAUUAUGUUCGGGUUCAAGGGGUGUGUCUGUGUGCGCGUGUGUGGUUCACAAACACGUACACACAAGCAUGUGCGCGUGGGGGAAAAAAAAAAAAAGAUCUCUAAUAAUCUUCUCUAAUUUUUUUUUUUGUUCCAAAAAGCCACUUUACAAGAAAUUGCUGCAAAGACUAGAGAGAAAUAAAACCAUUUGACAGUU